GAAGCGGCAAGAGAUCAAGAAUCGCGCGGUGAUUCGCAUCCAGCGCUUUUUCCGCCGGCGUGCAGCUGCGAAGGAGUUGGCCCUGAUCUCGGACUUCGAGGAGAGUUUCCGCGAGUCUCAUCUCAUGGACGCUUUCCUGGGCGUGGUGAACAACUUCUGCAAGUCCACCACAUUGACUGGUUCAUUGGACGUCGAGGGGAUCCGGAGCAGUGUCGAGGAUGACAAAGCCAAACGGGGUCAUCCUGUGCUCGUGUCCUUGGAACUGGAGGAGCAAGGCACGGGCAUCGAUGAGGCCCUGGCGAGGAGAUCUCGAUCGCGUAGUCGGAAGGGGCUUCGGUCGCCGCGGUCCCCGCGCGCCUCGCACUCUCCGCAGUCAUCCAGAUCACCACGAGCGGGCCGCGACCGGGAAGAGGAUCAGGCGGAAGGGUUUCUGACUCCCACGCUCCCACCGGUCCCACCGGCAUCUCUGGCGAUGCCCUUUGACCUCGCGGA